GUGUGUGUGUGUGUAUGUGUGUGUGCCUGUGCAUGUCAGCCAGAGGGAGUUUCCGUCACUAACUGCUGAUCUGUUGAUGACAGUCUGUUUCAAAAGAAAGUUGAAUGAAACUGGUCUCAUUUUAGACUUACAGUAAGCUCUGCACAGACUUAAGAAGAUGAAACACUUGAUGAUUUUGACGUUGUUGUGGACAUUUUUAUCCACAGGCACUGCAUCAGCAGAAUACAGGAUUGUGCUGCUGGGUAAAAGUGGAGCUGGGAAGAGUGCAACUGCAAACACCAUCCUGGGAAGAGAAGCCUUCAAAGAAGAUUUCUCUCCUGACUCAGUCACAUCAGUUUCCCAAAAGGAGAGUGGAGAGGUGCAUGGGAGAAACAUCACACUGGUUGACACCCCAGGACUGUUUGAUACUCGUAAGACUGCAGGCGAGCUAAAGAGUGAGAUAGAGAAGUGUGUUGAGAUGUCUGUUCCUGGGCCCCACAUGUUCCUGCUGGUGGUCAGAUUAGGGGUGAGAUUCACUGAAGAGGAAAGAAACGCAGUGAAGUGGAUCCAGAAGAACUUUGAUGAGAGAGCAGCAGAGUUUACUAUGGUACUGUUCACCCAUGUUGAUCAGCUGAAGGGGAAAUCAGUGGAGAACACCAUCAAUAAAGAUAUUCGAAACUUGGUUGACAGCUGUAGGGGUGGGUAUCAUGCCUUUAAUAACUGGGAGAAGGAUGACCAGACUCAGGUGAUAGAGCUACUGAAGAAGAUGGAGGCCAUGGUGAAGAGGAACCAGGGAAAAUACUACAGAAACUAUAUGUACCGGGAGGCUCAGAGAAAGAUGAGAGAAGAGGAGGAGAGGAAGAGACAGGAGGAGGAGAGGGAAAGACAGGAGCGUGAUGAGAAGAUCCAAGAAGAUGAAAGAAGGAAACAGAAAAAGGAAAGAGAAGAAGAGAAGCAGACAUUCCGCCGUUGGACAUGUAGAGCUAUUGGAACAGCUGUGGGUGGAGGCUUAGGAUUUGUUUAUUCACUUUGGGGUGCACCAAUUGGAGCAACAACAGCAGCCUUCUUUGCAGACCAACAUGCAGAGAUACUUUGCUCCUGGGCAGCAUAGGACAUUUAUGAACAAUACUUCAUUAUAAUGUGAUGCAAGUGACACCUUAAUGCAUGAAUUAUUACUACAUUGAUUACUAUAGAUAUUGGAAUUAUAAAGGUGUUUAAAAAAAAAAACAUGGUUUAAUAGCAAUAACAUUUUAGAAAGGUGUUGUUUGAAAAAGAAAAUCUCUGUAGGCUUACCUAUACUAAAAGUGCUUCACAGUGAAGGGGGAACCUCACUAAAUACCCCCAAAAUGCAGCAAUCACCUGAGUGAUAGAUGUCAGCCAUCAUGUGCCGGGCUGAUCAUCUCACUCCAGUCUGAGGUGAGUGAGGGAGUCUUGUUGGGAAUUUGUCAGGCGCUCAGGUUAUCUUUUCAAAGGCCCAUUUCCUGUAGCCUGAUUACCAUCGACUUUCAAAGGCUCUGCGGGACUUUAGUCUGACCAAGAGCCUGUGCUAACACGGUUUCUCCAAGCGCUGGUUGACCCGCCUCCUUUAAGUGCCUCGAUUUGCUACUGGUCGAUGUCAGAAAGCGGUUUGCCAAGUUUAAACCAAUAACAACACUCUUUCCUCUGCCUUGAACACGCCUCUACCCAGAGCCGUUGGAGCUGCUCAAAGUUGAUUGGUUCUCGACCAAAGGGGGCAGUUCCGCAGAUUUCGGGAACUCAGAAAUCCUUCCCGAUUAGCAGUUGACCAGACCAGCGACAGCAAAAGCCGAAGGUGUUACGUCACUGGGAGGGCGUGCCAGGCUACAUUUCCUGCACUUUAGUCUAUCCAUAAUGUCUCAAAGGCUUUGGGGGUUGAUAAUUAUCCUGACUAAGCUAGUAAUCUCAAAAGGCAAAAUCAGCAUAAUCAACAGAACACAAAAGCUUAGUUAUACUAACUAAACAUUUUAAGUCAGAGUAACUAUUAGAUUUUAAAGAACGCGUACACUGUAAAACCCGAUUUGUUGUUUCAACUUAAAUAUUCAUGUUUGCAAAAUAAUUGUAUGUCAAGACAACAAAGACAAUUGAGUUAACUCAAAUAAAUAUUUAUAUUUGACACGACUCAACUUUAGUUUGUAUAACUUGAUAUAGCUUUAGUUGAUUUAACUUCAGCACUUGAUAACUUUAGUUGAUAUAACUUCACUCGGAAGCUUGUUCUCAGAAUGCAACUGCCCCAGUCAACACAUUCUUAAAGAUAUUACAUAUAAAGUCUUACUUAAAUUUAAUCUUGAAAAAAAAAAAAAAAAUAAGUGACAGUGACACUAAAGGCUAUUCUGUUGUUGUCAUGUUUUCAUGUCAUUGUUUAUUAGUGCCACAAACCAUUAAGUAGAUUACCAUCCUCAACAUCUAAUUGAGAAAAUAGUCCAUUUGCAUUACACUCAAGAGGAAGUAAUUCUAUUCUCUAAAAUGAUAAAAUAUUUUAGUAAUGGUCUUCUCCUUAGUGGUAAUGCUGACAAUACUCUGAAAAUCCCUCACAGCUCAUCGAGCCUAGUGAUGGUUUGCAAACCAGCGAUUUUUAAACUUUCAUUUGGUAACACUCCAUAAUAAGGGUCCUUAAUAAAUAGCAAACUAAUCAUUAACUAACCCUUUGUUAAUAUUUGUUAACUGUUA